CGGACAGUUUGUGUGUGAAAACAGUGCAAUUAAAUGUGGUUUACAAAGUCAUGAUGUAUUUUGUCACUAAUAACACAGCCUUGAGCAGUUUAAGCGGGAAUCGAAUCGGCGCAAAUAUAUUUAGCAUGCAUAUGAAAAUUAGGAAAUUCCAAAUUAUUUUUAGUAAAUGAAAUUGAAAGUUGUAAUGCUUUAUACAAACACACUUUAAGUUACUUAAUUAUAAAGUUAAUGUGAGAGAAAAGCGCUUAAUUAUUGCCUUAAAGUAGUGCCGAAGUAAUAAAAUGCAAUGAAUAAUGAAAUUUCCUUCAAUGUUUCAAAUGAAUGAACUCAAGUUGUAUUAAUAGUGUGCAGAAAAAAUCGGAAUAUCAAAAAAUAUAAAUUAGCGCCAAUACUCACAAGCAUAAAAACUUUGUCAAAAAAUAUGAAUUUGCAAAAAAUGCCAUUGAAACGAAAUCGUGUCUACUAAAUUGUAAACUCAUAUUUCCACAUAAUGGAACUCCUUACUACAGUGGAACAAAGUGAAAAAUCUCAAAUAGCCCAAUGGUAUGCUGGCAAAAGCAUACUUAUAACCGGCGCCACGGGUUUUAUGGGCAAGGUGUUGGUGGAGAAAUUGUUGCGCAGCUGUCCGGAUGUAAAAAAGAUCUAUCUGCUCAUAAGAUCCAAGAAAGGUGUCGAUCCAUUGAUACGCAAGGACCAGUUUUUCAAAUGUGUGAUUUUCAAUAAGAUUUUAAAAGAAAAUCCUGAAAUUGUGAAUAAAAUUCAAGUGAUCAAAGGUGAUGUGUUGGAAAAAAAUCUUGGUUUGAGCGCAAAUGACACAAACGUAUUAGUAUCAAAUGUUGAAGUGAUAUUCCAUUGUGCUGCUAACGUGAGGUUUGAUCAACCCCUGCGACCUAUGGUUCAAAUGAACGUUGUGGGUACAUUGAAAUUGCUGCAGUUGGCUGAAAAAAUGGCCAAUCUUCAAGUAAUCAUACACGUGUCAACUUCAUAUUGUCAAUGCAACGAAAGCGUUUUGGAAGAGCGCGCCUAUCCAGCACCACAAAAUCCUUUCGAUGUAAUAAAAAUGGUGGAAGAAAUGAGCGAUGAUGCGUUGCAGGAAAUAACACCAAGACUGUUGAAUGGACUACCCAACACAUAUGCCUAUAGCAAAGCGCUUACUGAAGAUCUGAUUUGUAGAUAUGGUAAAAAUUUGCCUAUCAUUAUUACCCGACCAUCAAUUGUUACUGCAGCAAUUAAGGAACCCCUGCCUGGUUGGAUAGAAGGUGUUAAUGGGCCCACCGGCCUUAUGAUUGGCGCAGCACGUGGCGUAAUUCGUUCAAUGCAUUGCAACCCUGACUAUUCAUCAACAGUUAUACCGGUAGAUACAGCCAUUAAUGGAAUGAUAAUUGCGGGAUACAAUCGUAGCAAUUCAAAAAAACAAGGAAAUGUGGAGUUUUGUAAUCUUUGCAUAUCAAAGAAAGCUCUCUUUUCUUGGGGUGAAAGUAUUGAGACUGGCAAGCGAUUUUUCUAUGACUUUCCACUAAGCUAUGCACUGUGGUAUCCAGAUGGCUCAAUCAAAAAGAAUUAUUACCAUCAUUUAUUUUGUGUGAUUUUCUUUCACUACUUUCCGGCAUACCUCAUUGAUUUCCUCUUAUUACUUUUUGGACGAAAGCGAUUUAUGGUGCAUGUUCAAAACAAAAUUUCAACGGGACUGAAAUUGUUGCAGUACUACACGACUAAAGACUGGGACUUUAGAAAUGAGAAAUUCCAAUGUUUAAGCGAUAACCUAAAUCAAUUAGAUCAGAAAAUUUUCGACGCCUCUGCUAGUCAAGUUAACUGGGAGCAAUACAUACGUGGCUAUAUAAUUGGCAUGCGUACAUAUAUACUUGGGGAGAAUGAAGAUACAAUUCCACAGGCAAAGAAAGUUCUACGUCGCUUAUAUAUUUUGGAUCGUUUAACAAAAUAUACCAUUUGUAUAUUAGUUUUUUGGUUUUUGUGGGCUCAUCUUGAAAACUUUGUGGAACGAAGUGAUGCUAUAAUACGUUCAUCUUUACAUAUAAUUUAUAAAGAUACUAAUAAAACUCUUCAUAUAUAGUACAAUUUUUGAUUUUUAAAAAUAUAACAUGUUAAUAUUUUGUAUUGUUUAAGUAUAUUAUUUUUAUUUGUUUUAA